AUGGAAACUGGGUUGAACUCAGAAUCACAUAACAAAAGAGGUGCCAGUGUUGAACCCAAGGUGGGACCUUUUGUUCCUAAAACUGAUCGCAACCCAAGAGAUUUACGUUCAUGGGCCAAGAGAACUGGUUUUGUUUCUGAUUAUUCAGGUGAAGCAGGGACUAGUGGAAGUGAAAAGUUUGAAUCUUUUCAACCGAGAGGAAGAGGGUCUUCAUCUUCUCCUAAGAUAGAGAUAGAUCCGGUUUUGGGGAGGAUGAGAGACAAUAGGGGAGUUGAGAUCGAGCCAGCUUUACAUGGAGGAGUUGGUUUGGAAGAGAGUGUGAGAAAAGAGAAUGAGACUGACAGUGACAGGAAAGUCGGUUUUAGAGGGAAUGGUAAUGGUGGGAAUGGCCAUGGAGUAUCUGCGGUUGCUCCAGUGACAGAGGAAAAGGAUGAGGAAGAGAAUGUGGUACAUGAUGAAGUUAAGGUUAAUUUGUAUGAUGAAGAAGGAGUGGAACCUUUGGAUGGUGGUUGGAAGGGACCAUCAGAACUGAAGUGUGGACUUAUGGAAAAUCCGGGUUUUGUAUCUCUUAUCUAUUAUGGCUUACAACACUAUCUAUCAUUGGCUGGUUCACUUGUAUUGAUCCCAUUAGUCAUGGUACCGGUUAUGGGUGGAACCGAUAAGGAUACUGCUACUGUAAUUUCUACAAUGUUGUUUCUUUCUGGCAUCACAACGAUACUUCACGUUUACUUUGGGACCCGAUUGCCUUUAGUUCAAGGGAGCUCAUUUGUGUAUUUAGCACCGGCGUUAGUCAUUAUAAAUGCUCAAGAAUAUCGGAAUCUUACAGAACAUAAAUUUAGGCACAUAAUGAGAGAACUUCAAGGUGCUAUAAUUGUUGGUUCGAUAUUCCAAUGUAUCUUGGGAUUUAGUGGCUUGAUGUCUAUCCUACUCAGGUUAAUCAACCCAGUUGUGGUUGCGCCGACUGUUGCUGCUGUAGGUUUAGCAUUCUUCAGUUACGGUUUUACACAGGCUGGCAUUUGCUUGGAAAUUUCUGUUCCACAAAUAGCACUGGUUCUAUUAUUCACUCUGUAUCUCCGAGGAAUAUCUAUCUUUGGACGCCAUUUAUUUCGAGUUUAUGCUGUUCCGUUGAGCGUAGCAAUAGUUUGGAUAUACGCAUCAUUUUUAACAGCCGGGGGUGUAUAUAAUUACAAAGGAUGCAAUCCUGAUAUACCGAGUUCAAACGUUCUUACAGAAGUGUGUAGAAAGCAUGUGUAUACCAUUCAACAUUGCAGAACUGAUGUUUCCGAUGCAUUGUCUACUGCGGCAUGGGUCAGAAUUCCUUAUCCUUUACAAUGGGGUUUCCCUAUUUUCCACUUUAGGACUUCCAUAAUCAUGGUCAUAGUGUCACUCGUUGCUUCAGUAGAUUCAGUUGGAACUUAUCGUACCGCGUCUCUUCAAGUUAAUUCAAGGCCUCCAACUCCAGGAGUUGUAAGCCGAGGAAUUGCCCUGGAGGGUUUCUGUAGUAUAUUGGCCGGUCUUUGGGGUUCAGGUACUGGUUCAACGACUUUGACAGAAAAUGCGCACACAAUUAACAUCACAAAGGUGGCAAGUAGGAAGGUAGUGGAACUUGGAGCAGUUUUCUUGAUCCUGUUCUCAUUUAUAGGAAAAGUGGGUGCCCUUCUUGCUUCUAUUCCACAGUCAUUGGCUGCUGCGGUACUAUGUUUCAUGUGGGCUCUUACGGUAACAUUGGGUCUAUCAACUUUACAGUAUGGUCAAUCCGCCAGUUUCAGGAACAUGACAAUCGUUGGCGUGGCGUUGUUCCUUGGUAUGUCCAUUCCAUCUUAUUUUCAACAAUAUCAACCCGAAUCGAGUCUUAUACUGCCUAGUUAUCUGGUUCCGUAUGCGGCAGCAUCAAGUGGACCAUUUCAUUCAGGCCUUAAACAACUUGAUUUUGCGAUCAAUGCUCUUAUGUCCAUGAACAUGAUGGUUACACUGUUGGUGGCAUUUCUACUGGACAACACUGUCCCGGGAAGUAAACAAGAACGGGGAGUGUACGUAUGGUCGAAAGCUGAAGACAUUGCCGCAGAUGCCUCGCUGCAAUCUGAAUAUUCGCUGCCGAAGAAACUUGCAUGGUGUUGCUGUUGGUUAAAGUGUUUAGGAGUCUAA